AUGGCGGCACCAGGGGCGUCGUCGCGAGCGGAGCCCAGAGAGCCCGACCUGGCUGAGUCCCUGCUCCGUGGCCGGAAACUCACCGCCGUCGCUCACCAGCUGUGGAGAGGCGUGGUGCGGCGCGGCGACACGGUGGUGGACGCGACGUGCGGCAACGGGCACGACACCAUGGCCAUGGCUGCCCUCGCCCUCGCCCCCGCGCCACCCAGCCAUGGCGAGGCAGGGAGCGCAGGGGAGGAGGUGAGGGGGCGAGUGGUGGCCAUGGACAUACAGGAGGAGGCCGUCAGCAGAACGCAUCGCCUGCUGGCAGCUGGCCUGUCAGAGACGCAGAUGGCUCAUGUACAAUCGGUGUGCGCCUGCCACUCCACGCUGCUCCAACACGUCGCCCCUGGCUCGGCACGAUUGGUGGCGUUCAACCUUGGUUACCUGCCUCGGGCCCACCACGCUCCUCCCAACACCGUAACCUUUCCUACCGCUGCUCCUGAGGGCAUCACGACGCAGCCGGGCAGCACGGUGGCAGCGCUGCAGGGAGCAGCGGCAGCCACAGCUGUGGGCGGCGUGGUCAGUGUCAUGGCCUAUGUGGGCCACCCAGGCGGCAGGUGA